AUGUCUGUAAUAAGCAUAUCAUGUGGAAAUUGUGGCGUGGCGGUGUCAUCAGCUGUUUUUGAGUGCAUCAACCAGUCAAUUAACAAUAUAACCAGUUGCAAUGAUGGAAACAACAGAGACUACGCCAAUUCAAUGCGGGAAAUUUAUUUUAAAACUGAUAAAAAGGAAAAUUAUGUGAGUAGAUCAAUCCUAGUUGGUAGCGAUACUUCAAAUUUCGAUGAAUACAAACAGACACAGCGUUUAUUUAAAUCUCAAGGUACCACUCAAUCCACACAAUCGAACGAUAAAAACAUAAAAUCAGGGCAGUGCGAUUGGGAACAAAAUUCUAGCUUGAUUGCAGAAUUUCAAGAGAGUUCAAACAAUUGCUGGGCUAAAGGCUAUUAUCAAUCGCAGCAGCAAGAGGAGGUAAUACGGGAUUAUCUCAGCAAUGAAGUGGAAUCUGCUGAUACUUUAGAUUCCUUCUUUAUCUACUCUGGGUUAGCAGGAGGGACUGGCUCUGGUGGUUGUUCACUUGUAUCGCAGAUUUUGGCUGACGAUUACUCAUCUACAUGUCAAACUUGCAUAGCAGUUUUACCGUUUAGCACAGGUGAAAAUGCUAUGCAGUCAAUAAAUACAAUGUUAGCACUAACCACCGCAUAUGAGAUGUCAAAUGGCAUAAUUCUGUUUGAGAACGAUAGGUAUGAUUCAAUUUGUAAAAAUGUUUUCAAAGAUAGAAGUUUUUGCGCUAUAAACAAUUGUAUUGCCAAUAGCUUAUUUUCUAACAUACAGCCAAUUGCGGAAACAUGUUCAAUAUCUCGAAAGACUUUGUAUCGUAAUAAUGUUGAAAAGAUGAUGCGAGAAUUAUGCCCUUAUCCGAAACAUAAAAUACUUACUUCAAGGGCGUUGCCAAUUGGCAGUCGUAAAAAUUUAUCCUAUGAAAAUCCUACCCAUGGUAAAUUGCUAUCUCAAAUUGUAGAGUCUAUAAACGAAUCAUUGCUACCUUUUGAAACACCAGAAACCAAUGAUGUGGACGUGGAUGUCCAUUAUUCCACAUUCACACCAACAUCUGUGCAACAGGGUAACAUAUCAAAAUUGAAAAGUGUUACCGAUGAUAAGAAAAGUAAAGUAUAUAGUGAAGAAGAGGAGAAAUAUUUAUACAAAAAUGUGCGUGACAUACCAAUAGUCGCUCCCAGCUAUUUUAGCGUAAAAAAUGGUGUGUUAAUUAAUAAAAAGAAAUCAACAUUAGAUCUAUCAAGAAGUGCAGAUGUUAGUAGCGUAUCUGGUGGAGUGAAAAAGAGUGUGAAAGGUAAUGUGAAGCUGAUCAAUACUGGGGGGAUGCGUAAAAAGCCGAUCAAAAAGAACAUAGUCACCUCAAUGAAUAUAAACAUUGGUGGGGUACUAGAUGAUGAAGGGAUUGACUUAAACCAGCACUUGUCACAGGUUCUUUUUUGGGGCCAUUCGUUAUCGCCUGCUAAUGCAUGCUACAGUCCGUGGGAUGGAGGGGUUGGCGGUAAAAGCUGUGGUAUUUUGAGCAACUGCCAGACACCACUAAAAGCAAUAACCAGAUCAAAUGACAGUACUAAAAUGACAUUCAUUAGUAAUGCAUAUUUAGGAAAGUACCAAUCUUUCGGCAUGGAGAAUGACGAGUUCAUUGAAGCUAUUAUUAGGGGCGAACAGAUCAUUAACAAUUAUGACAUCUGA